UGAAUUUAAGUUCAAUUUCAAAUUAAUGGCUUGCAUAAUGACUCAACACGUGUUUGACUGAAUAAUUAUAAAACGAAGAUAGGACGUAGGGGUCAGUGCAGAACGGCAGCCGUCAGGACCACAAGUGAUAGUUCCACGUCUUGCAGCUCGCCCCCCAAAGAACAUGAAGUUGGAAUCGCUAGUAAUCGCGGAUCAGCUGGCCGCGGUGAAUACGUACUAUAGUCUUAGUAUACAAUAGUGGCCAUACGCUGUGCUAUUCACGCCCGUCAGAUAGAUUGGCGAUUUCUUCAUCACUCCGGAGACUACUUGAGUCUGCGCGGCAGGUGCGCACCACCACAAUCAUUAGCCAAUCAUUAUGUUCAAUCUCUUUCGUACGUUCAUUUGUCCAUCUGGCGUCACGUGAAGUGUGCGCAUCGCCACACUUGUGUGUGUGUGUGUGUGUGUGUGUGUGUGUGUGUGUGUGUGUGUGUGUGUGUGUGUGUGUGUGUGUGUCUGUGUGUGAGAGAGAGAGGGAGAGAGAGAGAGAGAGGAGGGGGGGGGGGGGAGAUGGCGACGUUGGACGUGGACAGCAUUCUCAGGGGUGCUCCUCAUCCGAUUGCCAAGACGAAGAUUAUUUGCACGUUGGGACCGAAGUCGAAGGAUGUGCCCAUGCUGGAGAAGCUGCUUAAGGCAGGGAUGAACGUUGCUCGAUUCAACUUCUCUCAUGGGACGCACGAGUAUCACCAAGGCGUGCUGGAAAAUCUUCGUCAGGCGAUGAUUAACACGCAGAUCCUCUGUGCUGUACUUCUCGAUACGAAGGGUCCCGAAAUCAGAACAGGGAAACUGAAAGAUGGAAAGCAAGUUCAGCUCACGCAAGGGAAGGAGAUCGUCAUCUCGACGGACUACAGUCUUGAGGGCGAUAGCGACACGAUCACCAUGAGUUACAAGCGCCUGCCCAUGGACGUCAAUCCAGGGAGCACUAUUCUCUGUUCGGACGGCACGAUCACUCUGACGGUAUUGGAAUGCAAUCGCGCGCAGGGAACCGUAAGGUGCAGGUGUGAAAACACUGCAAUGCUCGGCGAGAAGAAGAACGUCAACCUCCCCGGAGUCGUCGUCGACCUCCCUACCAUAGGCGACAAGGACAAGGAUGAUAUCCUUGGUUGGGGUGUCCCUAAUUCGAUCGAUUUCAUCGCUGCAUCCUUUAUACGGAAGGGGCAGGACGUUGCCUACAUAAAAAAUCUCCUUGGACCCCAUGCCAAAUCCAUAAAGGUCAUCUCGAAGAUCGAGAACCAGGAGGGUCUGGUGAACUUCGACGACAUUCUGAGGGAGACGGAUGCAGUGAUGAUAGCCAGAGGCGACCUGGGAAUGGAGAUCCCGACUGAGAAGAUCUUCCUCGCGCAGAAGAUGAUGAUCUUGAAGUGCAACUCGGCUGGAAAGCCUGUCAUAACGGCGACGCAAAUGUUGGAGUCCAUGGUUAAGUCCCCUCGACCUACUCGUGCAGAGGCCACCGAUGUGGCCAACGCAGUUUUAGACGGCAGCGAUGCGGUGAUGCUGAGUGGGGAAACAGCUGCCGGAGCUUAUCCUGAGGAGGCCGUGAUGGUCAUGUCCCGAAUUUGUCGGGAGGCAGAGGCCUCUCUGGACUACCAUGCCAUAUACAAGGCCAUCAUCAAGGAGACCCCCCUUCCAAUGAGCCCCCUAGAGAGUCUGGCCUCGUCUGCUGUCCGAACUGCUAAUAAGGUGAGAGCCUCACUGAUCGUUGUGCUGAUGAGAGGGGGCAGUACUGCAAAGCUGGUGGCCAAGUACAGGCCGUCCAUCCCGAUACUGUCAGUUGCUGUCCCGGUUCUGACGUCUGACAAUCUGUCGUGGUCCAUCAGUGAGGAGUCGCCCGCUCGGCAGAGCUUGAUCUGUCGAGGUCUCAUUCCCCUCCUCGCAGAGGGAGCAGCGAAAGCCACAGACACAGAUACAACUGACGACAUCCUCAACUCAGCUCUGCAGUGGGCCAAGAACAGAGAGCUUACCAAGCAGGGAGACUGCAUUGUGGCUCUUCACAGAAUUGGUGUCGCCGCGGUGAUCAAGAUCGUUGACGUCAAGCCAGACACACCGUCAACUAGUGCAACACAGUGAAACGAUUUUUUCAGACAGAUUGAAAAAUAUCUUAAUGUGGGGCUGAUGCGAGGGGGACGGGACAAACAAAAAAAAAAAGAAAAAAAAAAAGGGUUUUGAGCUACUACGCUCGACCAGGUUGAUGGUUCAAGUCUCGGUGCCGUCAGUCGUUCAUCCAGGCUGUAAAAAUGCGAAUUGCUUCUGUAGUCAAUUAAUGCCCUCACGCCGCUCAGUGCUCACGGUGUUGCGGCAUCUUCAUCAGAGUAGGCUCUAUGUGGAGGUGGGUGACACUGGUGUUGACUACCGUCUUCCCCCGAACACAAGGCAGCCUCAUUGUGACGGUAUCGGGCCGGAAACAUAGCUUGUAUACGUUCAUUUUCGGGGCGCGUUAUGCUCGGGGGAAGACGGACGCUAGCUAGUUCGGAGAACUGCAACCAGGUAUUGGUGGUUUGGACUCUGGAGGCAGUCGGUUCAACUUUGUUGCCUUUGUUCCGCCGAAAUUGGGGACUCGCUUGGGAGCAAUUGCUGUUGUCGUUUGGUGAUUUGUCUUUGUUUGUUUGUUUGUUUGUUUGUUUGUUUGUUUGUUUGUUUGUUUGUUUGUUUUUCUUUUUUUUUCACCCCCCCUGGAGAUCAGCAAUUUGUCAUAGGAAGGGCACAAUGUCAUGCCGUGCACCGGCAGCUGCAUCAGUCUCUGCCUAGAAUUUCUGUGCCCAUGCCGAUUGAGUAUGGCUCCCCUGGAUGAUGCCAUGCCAUGCCUGCUGUGCUCUGGUCGUUCGGAAACAGAUCUGCGCGGAAGAAGGAGCCUUGGUGACAGUCUUGGUGACUUCGUGGGGACAUGCAGAGACUCGGUACACUAGUUUCAAAUUGCAUCAGUGAUCAUCAAGCUGGAGCGAAUUGCUGCGAUUCCCGAGGCGCAACGUUUCUGGCAUAAUAGUGAAGCUGCAGCUUGUCUGAAGGAAUGUGUUUUGUGGUAGGUUUAAUUGUUAUUAUCAUUGUCUUAAAGCACCCCAGCCCCCCGAAAAUAGAACAAAAGGGACCUCCGCGA